GUUUGUGCGCUACCGAGCCAGCGAGCAUUACCUCUCGGGCGUCUCGCUUAUUUCACCCGCUCUUUCUUUCUGCUUUGUGUUCACGGGCACGCGAUGGCUGAAGGUUUGUCGGGCGCAGACCCGGUGUCGACCGAGAUCCCGGAAGGCAUGGGGGUCCGCAAGCUGUCGGAUUUGCGAGUGAUCGACCUGAAAGCUGAACUGAAGAAACGGAAUCUGGACACCAGCGGCAACAAGAGCAUGUUGUCGGAAAGGCUCAAAAAGGCAAUUGAAGAGGAAGGAGGGAACCCAGACGAAAUUCUUGUCACACUUGAGGCAGCUCCCAAGAAGACCCCGAAGAGGACCCCCAAAGGAAAACGACAGGAGAGUGAUGGUCUUGAAGAUAGCACUAUUGAAGAAGAUUCGGGAGAUGGGCAGGAUGACCCGGAAGUAAACUUGGAAAAUCUCCAGGAGAUGGACAUCAUGGACAUGAGUGUCUUGGAUGAGGCCGAGAUCGAUAAUGGCAUCCCAGCAGACUGUGACGAGUACGAUGCCGAUGAAAUUCUUGAUUCACUUUCCAAUGAAGGAGAUGCUGAAGGCAUUCCGGAGAGCUUUGCCCACGACAGCUCAGAUUCUCCUGUCCCAGAAUCCGAUCAGAAGCCUGAAGAGGAUGAGAAUAUGGAGGCUGAAGGUGACUGUGCUCCAAACGUGGAGGAUCUUGAGUCUGCUGAAUCGAAAGAGGAAUCUGAAGACAUUAAGGACGAAACAGAAAAUGAGAAAGUAGCCGGGUCUUGUAAAUCUGAACCGCUUAAGGAAGAGGCGCUGGAACAGCCAUCCGCACAAGAGUCCUCUGCCAGCGAGGGCUCUCAAAAAGGCCUGGAGGAGGACAUUGUGUCUGUCACCGUUAAACCAGAGGAUGCCCUCAAUUUGGAGAACGAUCCCACGAGUGACGUGGAAAAGCCAGAAACGAAGCAAACGGACAGCGAAGCGAAGGGCAGAAAUGGGCAAAAUGUCAAAGAAGAACAGAUGGACACAGAAAACGCGUGUAAAGAUGAUGCUAGUUUAAGCGAGCAGGGCACAGAAGCGACUGAAAGUGCUAUUGAGUCAGAAAAGGAGUUAAAAGCAGAAGGUGGGGAGGGUGAGGAGGAAGCCAGGAAGACUGAAGAGAACGCUGCAGAAUCGACGGCAGCGAAAGAGUCCUCUUCUGUUGAGGGCGAUGAUCAGAAAAAGAGUUCUGAUGAGGAAAAGGGUGGUAAGCCUGAGACACAGGAAGAAAAGGCCCCUGCGAGUGGCACCGUCGCAGCCGCCAGCGGCAGAAACCUGUGGGUUAGUGGGCUGUCAUCCACCACUAGAGCGACAGACCUAAAGAAUCUGUUCAGCAAGUACGGCAAGGUGGUGGGAGCUAAAGUUGUAACAAACGCCCGGAGCCCAGGUGCCCGCUGCUAUGGAUUUGUCACAAUGUCCUCAACGGAUGAAGCUACGAAGUGCAUCAGUCAUUUGCACAGAACGGAGCUGCACGGAAGAAUGAUCUCUGUGGAGAGGGCUAAAAAUGAACCUGCUGGAAAAAAACCCGCCGAAAAAGCUGAUGCAAAGAAGUCCGGAAGUAACGACAGGCGACACUCGACAGAUUCCAAAUCUGAAAAAUCUGAUGCUAUCAAAGAAGAUAAGUCUGAGUCAGGUGAAGCAGGAAAAGAUGGGAAAGGGCGUGGCACAGAAAGGACAGUAGUGAUGGACAAGUCCAAGGGCGAGCCUGUUAUCAGUGUCAAGACCAAAAGCAAAGAACGAAGCACCAAGAGCCGGGAUAGAAAGUCCGAGAGCCGGGAGGAGAAGGACAUCCUGUCCUUCGACCAGAUCAAGGAGCAGCGGGAGAGGGAGCGUCAGAGGCAGCGGGAGCGCGAGAUCCGCGAGGUGGAGAGGCGCCGGCACUCCGGCGAGCGGGAGCGGGACAGCCGCCGGGAGAGGGAGCGGAUCCGGCUCUUCCGGGAGAAGGAGGAGCGGGACCGGCUCAUGCGGCAGCGGGGCUGGCUGGAGCUGGAGAAGCGGCGGCUGGACAGGGACCGCAUGGAGCGGGAGAGCCUGGAGAUCGAGCGCAUGAGGGUGGAGUACGAGCGGCGCCGGGAGCAGGAGCGCAUCCAGCGGGAGAGGGAGGAGCUGCGGCGGCAGCAGGAGCAGCUGCGCUACGAGCAGGAGCGCCGGCCGAUCAAGAGGCCCUACGACAUCGACGGGAGGAGAGACGACUGGAUGGAGAAGAGGAUAGCCCUCGAUGACCGCUACGGGCGCUCCGACUUGGGGCGCCAGGACCGCUACCAGGAUUUCGACCACCGGGAUCGUGGGAGGUACCACGACGACCUCCUGCUGGACAGGCGAGAUGGAUCCCGAGGAAUAAUGGGAGACCGAGAUGGGCAGCACUUCUCCGAUCGCAGCGACCGGCAUGGGCGAGAUGCUCGGGACAGCUGGGCUGGCGGUUAUGACAAGCGUGGAUUGAAUCCGUCAAGGGAUGGACGAGAUUGGGACCACGGGCGCAAAAUGGACGGAGAUCGAGGCUGGCAGGGUGGAGAUAGAGGGAUGCAAGGCCAGGGUCACAUGAGCAGGGGAGGAAUGCCAAGCCGUGGAGGAUACAUGCAGGGCGGGACCUCCCAGGGCCUUUCGGGAGCACUGAAUCGACAGAACCCCAUGAUGCAGAGUGGUGGAAUGCAAGGGGGUGCUUUCGGAAGACGUUAUUAGCC